AUGAGACAGUGGGUUAGACUGAGUUGCCUUCUCUUGGUGUUACUGGUCUCUGGCCCAGAGUUGGCUGUUUCCAGGAAGCAUGUCCUAACCAGGAAUCGGAGACAGUAUGACUCCUGGUGGGAGAGGGCGCCGUCUGGUUGGGGGUCCUCCAGGCUGAAUGUUGGUGUGGUGGGUCAGUCCAGACAGCUGCAGACCUCUGUCAAGAAUCCUAUUAGCGUGCAGUGCAUGGAGGAUGCAAUGGUGGUAUCUGUACAGAGGGAUCUCUAUGGAAAUGGGCGACUGGUGAAGGCCUCCGAUCUGAGUCUGGGUCCCAGGCAGUGUAUUCCAAGCUCCCAGAGUACAGCAACUAUGGUCAUCUUCCAGCAGGGGCUGCAGGACUGUGGAAACACCUUACAGAUGACUUCAGACUGGCUGAUCUACAGCACAAACCUGAUCUACAGCCCGACCUCUUCCAGGAACAGUCCCAUCAUCCGAUCCAACUCUGCUGCGAUUCCCAUCCAGUGCUACUACCUCAGACAUGGAAAUGUGAGCAGCAAUGCCAUCAAACCAACGUGGAUUCCCUUCAGCUCCACCGUAUCUGCAGAUGAACGGCUGUCCUUCUCGUUGAUGCUGAUGAAUGAUGACUGGAGCGCACCACGAACUUCUACAGUGUUCAGUUUAGGUGACAUUUUCCACAUAGAGGCUUCUGUGAACACCUUGAACCAUGUGCCCAUGAAGGUCUUUGUUGACAGCUGUGUGGCAACAUUAUCCCCUGAUGCCACCUCCAGCCCUCGUUAUGAGAUCAUUGCUCAGAAUGGGUGUUUGUUGGAUGGCAAACAGGAGGAUUCAUCCUCUGCCUUUAGAUCCCCAAGACCCACACCAUACCGGCUCCAAUUUACUGUGGAUGCCUUCAGAUUUGUUGGAUCUGAUAACUCAAUGAUUUACAUCACCUGUAACCUGAGAGCUGUUGCAGAGGGCCAGGUACCUGAUCCCAUGAACAAGGCUUGUUCCUUCAGCAAAUCUACCAACCUCUGGACAGCUCUUGAAGGCACUGGUAACAUUUGCAGUUGUUGUGACUCUGGAAACUGUGCUACUGUUGGUCAGAGCAGGGGACUGUAUUCACGGUAUCCUGGUCAGAGAGGAUUUAAGAGAGAAGCUGCAACAGAGCAAGAACACAAGCAGACAAUACUGGGACCUCUGCUGGUGAUUGGAGAAGAUCGGCAUCAGUCCCUUGCUGUAACACAGUCAUCUGUAUCAAUGGAGCUAUGGCUGCUAGGGACAGUUGCCUCACUGAGUUUUGUUCUAAUGUCUGUGUCUGGAAUGGUCAUUAUUAAGAAUAGAUCUUCUAAGAGCUGAGCACAAACUCAUCGAAAUGACUAAUGAACUGCAUGUGGCUGUCAAUGUCUGGUCACAUGGUGGCUGUCAUAAACAUCAGACUGUACAAUCCUGAAUGCUCUCCUUCCCUAAAUGAAUAAUAAAUAGAACAUUG